UUGACAGCUCGCCGCUGCCCUGUUUGCAUUUCUGUCCGAGACUCGUUUCAAAUUCUAAAGAAAUUCCAGUAAUCGCAGAGCUCUGCUGGCGACUGGACGUCGGGAUCCGAGAAUCUGGGAAACCAAGAAGCUGACAAGCCGACAAGCCGACGACUACCCGAGAAACUUAGUAUCCAAGAAUCCGCGAACACCUCUAACAGGAGGAGACGAGGGUGAAGCGAACAAAAGUGAGAGCAGGAGGAAAUCGAAAGUGAUGUCGGCGGGCAUCGUCGAUAUUGGCCACACCGGUUGGAUGCCCUCGGUGCAGAGCCUGAGUGUUCUGCUGGUUCCGGGUGCGAUCGUCCUGGUGAUUCUCUACCUGUGCGAGCGCCAGUGCAAUGACAUCAUGGGUGCCCCACCGCCGGGUCCCUGGGGCCUGCCCUUUCUGGGUUACCUGCCCUUCCUGGACGCCCGUGCGCCGCACAAGUCACUUCAGAAGCUGGCCAAGCGGUAUGGCGGCAUCUUCGAACUGAAAAUGGGCAGGGUGCCGACCGUAGUCCUCUCGGAUGCCGCCGUGGUGCGGGAUUUCUUUCGCCGCGAUGUGAUGACUGGCCGUGCUCCACUCUUCCUCACCCACGGCAUCAUGGGUGGAUUCGGAAUCAUUUGCGCCCAGGAUGACAUUUGGCGACAUGCGCGUCGCGAGACUAUCGAUUGGCUGAAGGCCUUGGGCAUGACCCGUCGGCCGGGGGAACUGCGCGCCCGGCUGGAGCGGCGCAUAGCCCGCGGAGUCGACGAGUGCGUCCGGUUUUUCGAUACUGAGGCGAAGAAGAGCUGUGCGUCGGAAGUGAAUCCGCUGCCGGCGCUCCACCACUCGCUGGGCAACAUAAUCAACGACCUGGUCUUUGGGAUCACCUACAAGCGAGACGACCCUGACUGGCUGUACCUGCAGCGGCUGCAGGAGGAGGGCGUCAAGCUGAUUGGCGUCUCCGGGGUGGUCAACUUUCUGCCCUGGCUGCGUCACCUGCCCGCCAACGUGCGCAACAUCCGCUUCCUGCUGGAGGGCAAGGCCAAGACGCAUGCCAUCUACGACCGUAUUGUGGAGGCAUGUGGCCAGCGGCUGAAGGAGAAGCAGAAGGUGUUUAAGGAGCUCCAGGAGCAGAAGCGGCUGCAAAGGCAGCUGGAGAAGGAGCAGCGCAGGCAGUCGAAGGAGUCGGAUCCAGGCCAGGAGCAGAGGGAGGCUGACGAGGAUGACGAGGAGAGCGAUGAGGAGGACACGUACGAGCCGGAGUGCAUCCUGGAGCACUUCCUCACAGUUCGCGACACGGACUCGCAGCUCUACUGCGACGACCAGCUGCGCCAUCUGCUGGCCGAUCUCUUUGGAGCCGGGGUGGACACCUCACUGGCCACCCUGCGCUGGUUCCUGCUCUACUUGGCCCGCGAACAACGCUGCCAGCGGCGCCUGCAUGAGCUCCUCCUGCCGCUGGGUCCGUCUCCCACUUUGGAGGAACUGGAGCCGCUGGCCUACCUAAGGGCUUGCAUUUCCGAGACGAUGCGCAUACGCAGCGUUGUCCCGCUGGGCAUUCCGCACGGAUGCAAAGAGAACUUCAUCGUGGGCGAUUAUUUCAUCAAGGGCGGUUCGAUGAUCGUUUGCUCGGAGUGGGCCAUCCACAUGGACCCAGUGGCCUUCCCGGAACCGGAGGAGUUUCGUCCGGAGCGCUUCCUGACCCCCGAUGGAGCCUACCAGGCGCCGCCACAGUUCAUCCCAUUCUCGUCCGGCUACCGCAUGUGUCCCGGCGAAGAGAUGGCUCGCAUGAUACUCACGCUCUUCACGGGUCGCAUCCUCAGGCGCUUCCACGUGGAACUGCCCCCGGGCACUGAGGUGGACAUGGCGGGCGAGAGCGGCAUCACCCUGACCCCCACUCCGCACAGGCUGCGAUUCACCAAGCUGCCGGCGGUGGAGAUGCGUCAUGCACCCGACGGAGCUGUGGUGCAGGACUAGGUUGCCUGAGUGCAUCUUAUUGUAUCCGAUUUUUUUUGUAUCCCUAACAAUAACAUUCUACUUUUUAGUGAAUGGUGGUCUA